AAAGACUUCUGGAUUCUGUUCCUGUAGGACAAGACCGUUUGUACUGCUGAAAUGAAAAUGAGAAGCCUAUCAGUCAAAGCUCAGCCUUAGGAGGGGAAGAGACAGAGCAAGAUAAGAAGACAGAGAAAAAGAAAGUGAUGGAGACGAGGAGAGAGCAGGUCAUGCUGAGCAUCUGAUUGUCUUCACCGACACAGAGAUACCAGAGCUGAGCUGUUUUCAGUGUCAAUUUAUCUGCAGUAAUGUCAGAGGAGCGAGGAAAGGACUCUCUCUCUAAGAUGAGUCUCUCAGAGGAACAGAGCUCUGUGUCUGUGAAGAGUGACUGGUCAAAAGAAGAAGGACCAAAAUUCAGUGAGAGAAAACCAUCAACUGACAAAAGUGAAAGAUCAGACUCACAUGUGUCCAGCUCUGUGUCUCUGAAGAGUGACUGGUCAAAGGAAGAAGGACCAAAAUUCAGUGAGAGAAAACAAUCAACUAACAAAAGGCAAUGACUUUUGCAGGCAGCGCUUGUGUAUGAAGGUACCUCACGAAACUGAUUUCAGACAGGUCUCUGAGGCAGCGUGACGGUUUAAAGGUGGGGUAAGAGAUAUUUCAAAAAUGCCGUUGGACAUUGUUGAUAUUUGAAAUCAGCCUAAACAAACACACCCGUCUCUUUGCUCCACCUCCAAAACUCACCCUCCAAUUCUAACCACCCUGUUCCGUGUCAGUCUCGAACCCUGAUCACUGCUGGCAGGUUAGCCGAGUGCACUAACAAUGACGCUAAACACCACAUUCUAGCGGCUGUCAGUGUGCAGUGGUUUACCUGCACAAUUCUCACUAUCUGUCCACUGUUACACACGCAAUGCGAAAGUGGAUGUCUGUUUAUCACAGCUGACACGCAACAAAACAAUGCUUCAUGAAAAAUAAAUCACAGAUGAUGAACGAACGACAAGGAAGCACAAAAAAUAAAUAAUGAACGAGAGUAAAUACAAACAAGAGUUUGUUGUUAUUUUCCAACAUCACAGCAGCUCAAGACAAUCAAUGACAUUCAAACCCAGUGUUACUCACAUGUGAAGGAAUCAAAGCCUCUGUUUUCAGGCCUUCCCGCUUAGCUCUCUCCAGCGCUGGAAAGCUUUUCUAAUAUUAACGCGGGUUCUAAAGCACUUGCCCAGUCAUAAACCUUCAUUCCAGUGAUAUUCUUUUGAGGUCUUUCAUAAUGUGUCUCAUCAGUUUUUCUGCAGUCAUUCUUCAAAUCUCUCUCUUGCUCGUUCUGUCUCCUCGACCAUCAUACGCCCCGUAAUGCUGAUUGGUUUCACGCUUGUUGUUGGUGUCGACCUGACUAACUUCCAAACAGUGUUUUUGAAAUAUGGCUUACCCGACCUUUAAAAACAAUAAUAAUAUAUGGUCUGAAAAUGCAGUAUUUUAUUUUAUUGGCUAACAGGCUUCAAUGGGACACAUUAGACUCGGACGUUCAGAGGAAACGUGAAAAUUUCAAAGACAAUCUCCUAGGGAUCUUCCAGGAUCUUGAGAGCAAAAUAAUCAUGUUUCUGAAGAGUGAACUAGAAAAGUUUAAGAAAAUAUUACAAAAAGAGAACAUACAACACUUUGUUAAGGACUUUAAUGAUGAUAGAUGCAGUACCAAAGCAGCAGCUCUUGAUCUCACACUACAUUACCUGAGAGAGAUGAAUCAAGAUGAAGUUGCUGAUGCUCUAGAAGAUGAGCUGUUCUUCAUUCAUCAGCUAAAAUGUGGCCUAAAGAAGAAGUAUCAAUGUGUGUUUGAAGGAAUUGCGAAGCAUGGUGACGCCACACUUCUGAAUGACAUCUACACAGAUCUCUAUAUCACUCAGGGUGGCAGUGAACAGGUCAAUACUGAACAUGAAAUAAGACAGAUUGAAGUUGCUUUCAGGCGUCAUGAAUCUCAAGAGAUACAGGUUAAAUGCACACAAUUGUUUGAAGCACCUGAACAAGACAAGGAGAUACGAACUGUACUGACAAAAGGAGUCGCUGGCAUCGGAAAAUCAGUUUCUGUGCAAAAGUUUGUUCUGGACUGGGCUGAAGGAAAAGAAAAUCAAGAUAUCAGCUUUAUAUUUCCUCUUCCAUUUAGAGAGAUGAAUUUAAAGGAGAAAGAAAAACUAAGUUUGAUGGACCUUAUAACUCAGUUUUUCCCAGAGACAAAAGGACUGAACCUUACAAGAAGGAAUCGGUUCAAAGUCCUGUUCAUCCUUGAUGGAUUGGACGAAUGUCGCCUUCCUCUGAAGUUUGAUUGUAAUGAGACAUGGUGUGAUGUAUCAUCACCAGCCUCUCUGGAUGUUCUCCUAACGAACCUCAUGAAGGGAAAUCUUCUUCCUUCUGCUCUCAUCUGGAUCACCACCAGACCAGCAGCUGCCAGUAAGAUUCCUCCUGACUGUAUCGACCGGCUGACAGAGAUACGAGGAUUCAGUGACGCACAAAAGGAAGAGUACUUCAAAAAAAGAUUCACAGAUGAGAAUCAGGCCAACACAAUCAUUGAUCAUGUUAAAAAAUCAAAGAGUCUCUUUAUCAUGUGCCACAUCCCAGUCUUCUGCUGGAUUUCAGCCACUGUUCUUCAGAACAUUCUGGAGGAGAAAAGAAAUAAUGAUGUGAAAAACAAUCAGGCUGAUGAGAUCUCUAAAACACUACAGGAAUCAAACACUGAAGACACUCCCAAGACUCUGACACAAAUGUACACACACUUUCUCCGCUUUCAGAUCCAGCAGAGCCGUCGCAAGUAUGAUGGAGAAUACGCAGCACAUGUUUCCUGGGAUAAAGAUGCCAUCCUUUCACUGGGAAAACUAGCAUUUCAUCAGCUGGAAAGAAACAACCUGGUCUUUUAUGACACAGACCUGGAAGCCUGUGGUAUUGACGUCUAUAAGGCAUCAGUGUGUUCAGGCAUGUGUACCCAGAUCUUUAAGGAGGAAACAGGGAUCUUUUUUGGUACCGUGUACUGCUUUGUUCACUUGAGCAUUCAAGAGUUUAUUGCAGCCCUUUAUGCACAUUUGUUUCUAGACAUCAACAAGAAAAGUGUGUUGGUUCAUGAGUCAAUAGAACAGGAAAACAAAAAUGAAAACUUGAUUGAUUUUCUCAAGACCGCAGUGGACAAGGCGCUCAAGAGUGACAAUGGACACCUGGACCUUUUCCUUCGCUUCCUCCUCGGUCUGACGCUCCAGUCCAAUCGACGACUCUUACGUGGUCUGUUAACACAGCAAGACGACAAUGACCAGAGCAACAAGGAAAUAGUUCAGUACAUAAAGCAGAAAUUAGAAGAUAAUCUGCCUGCAGAGAGAUCCAUCAAUCUGUUCUACUGUCUGAGUGAACUGAAUGACCAAACUGUAGUGAAAGAGAUUCAGACCCACCUUAGCCAGGGAAGUCUCUCGUCUGGUGACCUUUCACCUGCCCAGUGGUCUGCUUUGGUCUUUGUGUUGCUGACAUCAGAGAAAGAGCUGGAGGAGUUUGAACUCCAGAAAUUCAAGAAAUCAGACGAGUGUCUCAUUAGAUUAUUGGCAGUCAUCAAAGCCUCCAGAAGAGCUCUGUUGAAUGAUUGUAACUUAACAGACAAAAGCUGUUCAGCUAUGGCUACAGUUCUUGGAUCAGAUACCAAUCUGAAAGAGCUGAACAUGAACAAUAAUAAACUGCAGGAUUCAGGAGUGAAGCUGCUCUGCACUGGACUGAUGAAUAUAAAGUGUAAAUUGGAGAUACUGAGGCUAAAUGAUUGUAACUUAACAGACAAAAGCUGUUCAGCUCUGGCUAUAGUUCUUGGAUCAGAUACCAAUCUGAAAGAGCUGAACAUGAACAAUAAUAAACUGCAGGAUUCAGGAGUGAAGAUGCUCUGCACUGGACUGAUGAAUAUAAAGUGUAAAUUGGAGAUAUUGAGGUUAAGCUGCUGUUAUAUGACAGAUGAAGGUUGUUCUGCUCUGACUUCAGCUCUGAAAUCAAACCCAUCACACCUGAGAGAGCUGGACCUGAGCAAGAAUGAACUAGGAGACUCUGGAGUGAAAAACCUCAGUGAUCUACUGAUGAACCAACAAUUCAAUCUGGAGAAACUACAUCUGAGCGGAUGCAGUCUAACAGAGAAACAGUGUCCCAUCCUAAUUUCAGCUCUGAAAUCAAACCCAUCACAUCUGAGAGAGCUGAACCUGAGUGGGAACAAAAUAAAAAACAUAGGAGUGAAGCACUUAUGUGACAUACUGAAGGAUUCACACUGUAAACUGGAGAGAUUGAGGUUAAGUGACAGUUAUAUGUCAGAAGAAGGUUGUUCUGCUCUGACUUCAGCUCUGAAAUCAAAACUAUCACCCCUGAGAGAGCUGGACCUGAGCAGGAAUAAACUAGGAGACUCUGGAGUGAAAAACCUCAGUGAUCUACUGAUGAACCAACAAUUCAAUCUGGAUAAACUACAUCUGAAUAGAUGCAGUAUUACAAAGAAACAGUGUCUCAUCCUGACUUCAGCUCUGAAAUCAAACUCAUCACACCUAAGAGAGCUGGACCUUAGUGUGAACAUAAUAGGAAAAGGAGUGAAGCACUUAUGUGACAUACUGAAGGAUUCACACUGUAAACUGGAGAGAUUGAGGUUAAGCUGCUGUCAUAUGACAGAUGAAGGUUGUUCUGCUCUGACUUCAGCUCUGAAAUCAAACCCAUCACACCUGAGAGAGCUGGACCUGAGCAGGAAUAAACUAGGAGACUCUGGUGUGAAAAACCUCAGUGAUCUACUGAUGAACCAACAAUUCAAUCUGGAGAAACUAGAUCUAAAUGUUUGCAGUAUUACAGAGAGACAGUGUGUCAUCCUGUUUUUAGCUCUGAAAUCAAACCCAUCACACCUGCGAGAGCUGGACCUGAGCGGGAAUCAAAUAAAAAACACAGGAGUGAAGAACUUAUGUGACGUACUGAAGGAUUCACAGUGUAAACUGGAGAGAUUGAGGUUAAGCUGCUGUUAUAUGACAGAUGAAGAUUGUUCUGCUCUGACUUCAGCUCUGAAAUCAAACCCAUCACACCUGAGAGAGCUGGACCUGAGCAAGAAUGAACUAGGAGACUCUGGAGUGAAAAACCUCAGUGAUCUACUGAUGAACCAACAAUUCAAUCUGGAUAAACUACAUCUGAAUAGAUGCAGUAUUACAGAGAAACAGUGUGUCAUCCUGACUUCAGCUCUGAAAUCAAACUCAUCACAUCUGAGAGAGCUUGACCUGAGCAGGAAUAUAAUAGGAAACCGAGGAGUGAAGCACUUAUGUGACAUACUGAUAGAUUCACACUGUAAACUGGAAAGAUUGAGUCUACAGGAAUGUGGCAUUACAGAUGUUUCUUCUUUAACUCAGUCUUUGACUAACUCAAAAGCACUGCCGUUUUUAAAAGAGCUUGAUCUGAGUUUCAAUAAGAUAGGAGACUCAAAGCAGUGGCUCAGUGACGUGCUACGAGACUCAAACUGUCACCUGAGAGUAGACAUCAGUUCACAUUAUUUUUUAAAUAUGUGAAACGGACAUGAGAGUGACCAUCAGGUGAUCCACAGUAGAGUCUCACUCAGAUGAGUCUGUCAGCAGAAAUCUUCAGCCUCUUCAGUAUCAGGCCUACGAAUAUAAUAAUGUUUGAAUUUAACACAUUCAUAAUGAUUAAAACGUUUCUAGUGAUUGUCAAGUAUAAAUGUAUUGAAUGAUAUAAAGCCUACAAUGUGAAAUUUGCAUGUUAAAAAGUUUUUUUUUUUUUUUUUUAAAAACUGUUUCUGCAGCCAAUUUUUUAAAUUUUUAAUGCAAAAUAUAUAUAUAUAUAUAUUUUUGUUAAAAGUUGAUAGAUGGUGUCAUAUGGAAGUUAGAAUAUUCAUUAUGUCAUUACGUUGCAUUCGCAUUCUGCCAAGUGUCAGCCCUUUAGAUUUGUUUGCUUCUCUGCUGCUAUUCUUUGUGCUCACAUAAUGUAUUUUAAUGCAAACAAAAUCCCAAUAAAACUAUUUCAUCUAUUUUUCUUUUUGUUGUCAGGCAAUAUGAAAUAGUGACUGAAACGCGGUCCAUUAAGACUACAUACAGGGCUCGACAUUAAGCCUUGUCAUGUGCUUGUCCUAUGGAGAAGUAAAUUGGUCAUUUACUUGUAAAGUAAAAAAAGUUGCUUGUCCGGAAAAAAAUAGGAUUUUUGUGUGGUGUAAACAUAAUUUUAUUCUGAAGCAAUAUUCUUUAUUCUGAAUAUUCUUUCAGAAAACUGCAGUUUUGACAUAUUUAAAUCUGCAUGUUUGUGAUAUUUACCCCAAAUUUUUUUUGUAACCUUUAUAAGGGGCGAAUAAUACCACACUACAGGGCUAUCAAAUCAAAUUAAAUAAUUUACAAAAAAAAAAAAAAAAAAAUACAA